GCCACUUUAACAGCAACAACAUAGUUAAUCUAUGAUUAAAUCAUAUUAAUCAUAAAAUAAAUAAUUCUGAAAUAAAUGCAACAACGAAUCUUGUUCACUUCACAAAGGAAAUAACAAUCUGUAAAUUACGUUUUAUCUAGAGUUUUUGUUUUUGGAAAAAUGGAAUUGAGUAAUUUUGGUGCAACGAAAAAAAUGUCACGCGAAGAAAGACGAUAUUCCGUGCCACAUGGUCCAAAUUCACCUCUACCACCAGCGGCCUCUGAAGAUUUACAUGCAUGGUCAAUAUACAGACAAAAUUUAAAUUCUGAUUUUACUGACUCAGCUCUGGGGUCUUCUGACAAAUCACCGUUGCCAUAUGGAAAUUUUCAAUUACGCGAUACAACAGUACAAUCAAUACUCAAUCAUCCGCGCUAUGGUCCCAAAUCGCCAUUGGGCUCUAAUAUGUAUACAUAUUUGAAAUUUGGUUUACCCCGUGUGUUUCCACCAAAUGCCGGUUCACAGCGAUCACAUCGUCCCGGACCAGGUCCGGGUGGUAUGCGUGGUAAUGGAGGUGGUGGCGGCGGUGGUGUAAAUGGCCGCAUUAAUCGGGGUUUUCGUGAUAGUUCGGCAGGUCCAACUGCUGGUUCGUCCGGUUAUGACAGCAGUGACAACGAAACUACUCGUAGUCGUGGACCACCCAAUUUAAGAAAAUAUCGCAGUGAAUCGGAUUUUCGUGCCAUAGGUGGUAUACCCACAUCACGUCCCGAUUCUAGAGCUCAAGGCAUUCCAAUGUCAGCAUUACGUCAAGCCAACAGUCGAGCAAGUAUAGCAGUUGGUGCCCACGUUAAUACUCAUCAACAGUACAUACCCAAUGGCAAACAUUAUGGUCAUCGUUCACACAGCGAAGCUGAUUUACUGGCGGGUGGCAAUGAUGUCUAUGAUUAUGGAGGUGGUGGUGGCGGUGGUGUAAUAGGUGGAGGUGGUGCAGAAUCCCGCCUUUAUGCCUCAUCACGUCAUCGUCAUAAUCAAAUGGAACAACAAGCCAACGGUCAUAUGGUCAAUUAUGGCAUGACACAUCGUAAACGUUCUGAAAUCGGCUUGGUUUAUCCCAAUAUACAAGUGCAUUGUUUAGAUGUUAAUCCCUGUUUAAGGGGUGUCUCGCUACAAGCUAAAGCUGGAGAUUUAUUUGCCAUAAUGGCAACAUCACAAAAAGAGGGCACUGCCCUGACAGAAUGUUUGGCGGGCCUUAGAGAACGUAUGGGAGGUGAGAUUUUAAUAAACGGACAACAAAUAAAUCGUCGUGGUUUACGGGAGUUGUGUAGUUAUGUGCCUGCAUUGAAUGCCUCGUCAUUGGAUCCGAGAAUGAGUGUACAGUGUACCUUGAAUUUCCAUGCCGCUUUAAGGGGACCCAUGGAUCGUAGUGAUUUAAAAGAAAGGAUGGAUGUUCUUAUUGAAGAUUUGGGCUUGACCACGGUGCGUGCUUCAAAUGUCUCCUCUUUGACUCACUCGGAAAAGCAGCGUUUAAGUGUAGCCUGCCAACUAUUGGCUCAAUCUUCAAUAUUAAUACUGGAUCAGGUUACUUCAAAUAUGGACAUAUUUGAUACCUUCUUUUUGGUCGAAUACUUGCGACAAUGGUGCAGUGGUGGCCGUAUUGUCAUAAUGACUCUACAACCGCCCACAUUUGAGAUUCUAUCUAUGUGUUCGGGUGUACUUUUACUGUCUGGCGGUAGGACUGUGUUUUCUGGUAGCCGUUCGGAUUUACCACGUCAUAUGGGUGAAUUAGGCUAUCCGUGUCCGCCCUUUAAAAAUCCUGCUGAUUAUUAUUUGGACCUGGUUACCUUGGACGAUCUAUCGGCGGCCGCAUUACUGGAGUCAUCUGCACGCAUAGAAUCUUUAGCAAAUUCAUGGGAUCAAAUAAAUUCCGAACCACCACUAGCAGCACCACCAGCCUCAAUGCCUAAUUUUAUACGUAAAGCUGGAUUCUUUGGUCAAUUUAAGGCGUUAAUAAAACGUUUUGCAGCUUAUAAACAACCUGGUUCGCUACUCACUUGGAUCAGUAAAUUAAUAUCGGCUGCGGUAUUAUCUUUAUGUAUUGGUUGUAUAUUCUGGGAUGUACCAGCUUCAGAUCCACAGCUCACCUAUAAUGAUCGUUUGGGUUAUCAUCAUUGUGUCAUGGCUUUAAUGUAUUGGCCACUGCUUAUGUUGACCAUAAGGGAUACCCAAGAGGAUCGUAGGCAUGCCGAAAGAGAUAUACGUUUGGGUUUAUAUUCUCGUUCAUUAUAUAUAAUAGUGCAGAGUUUGUUGGGCCUAUUUCCCAGUCUAUGCAUAUGGUUGGCCUAUUUGUUACCCGCCCAUAGUAUGGCCGGUUUGUAUACAUAUACCACCAGUAGUGAUACUGGCAUUUAUCUAUAUAUGGGUUAUAUGCUGCUUUAUCUUACUGUUAUACAGACCUUGGCCUUAUUCUGUGCUCAUUUGAUGCCCUGCAAAGUUUCGGCCAUGAUUGUCAAUACCUUAAUUACAUUGGGUUUGACAGCUGUGGGCGGUUAUUCUGUACAUCCCAAAAAUUUAUCAAAAAUAUGGUCUUGGUCUGAAUUGAUAUCGCCUGAGAAAUGGCUGUUACCAGUUUUAGUACAAGAUGAAUAUAGUGCGGAAACUUUGGCCAACUCAGCAGGUUUACAAUUGUGUCGCAAUAAACAGGUGCAACAUCAAGAGAUUAUUGUGCAACAACCCUGUCCACCGCCGAACGGUACACAAGUGCUAGUCGAUUAUCAAUUAUUGCCACAAGAUCAUAAAUUAGAUCCUACAGCGACCUACGAUCAAACCACUACCAUCGCUUUAGUUGUGGCCUCAGUGGUAAUAUUCUUUGUUACCUUUUGCGUGUUUGUUUGUAAUUGUCGCAAUAUUUUUUGUAAAAAACAAAAAAAGGCCUUCAAAGAUCGCAUUUGAAGAACAUGACCAAGUGCAGUAUAGUUAAAUAAUCAUUUAGUAGAGAUAAAGAAGUGGUUUCUUUUAAAAUAGUAACUAAAUAUACUUACUAACUUAGUGCUGCAAUAUUCUAAUUUAAUUUUUAACAUUAAGUUUAACAACUUCCAUAGUUUUAAAAAUAAGUUUUAUAUUAUUUUUAUUUAAUUAAUUGCAUAUUUUAUUAUGUUGCACAUUUUGAUUUUGCAUUUAUUUUGUAAUGAGAGAAAAAAUUUGAAAUGAAAUUUUAAAUAAAAUACAUUUAAAAAAAUAUAUACAUACAUAUUUUAUAAAAAAAUAUAUUUACUAAUUAUUGUUGCAAUCCUAAUGUUAGAAACAAAAAAAUAUAAAAUAAUAUUUUACAUUAGUUUUAAGUAACAUUUAUUUUACUUGAUUUAUUAUAUUAAUGCUGGACUAAUUAUAGUUUUAAGAAAAUUUAUUGUAAAAUAUGUAUUAAUAAAAAUAUAAUAUACAAUAUUUUUUAAAUGGAUAAUAGAAAA